UUUUUUAAUUAAAUUUUAUUAUACAUUUUAUCAUAAAUUAACUAUAGCUUUUUAAAUUAAUGUUUAUUUCUUAUCCAAUUCUUUAUUGCCAAAUUAAAUAGACCGUUCAAAAUUUAAUUUUAACACUGCCAAAUGAAAAGUAACAAUGACACAACAACGUCAGCUCUUUGAUCUGCCUUUACUGGCUAUCUCUUUGAAAUAUUAGAUUUUUUGAAAUGACCAACUUGUCAAAUUAUAAUUCAAAUAGCAUCAGAAUUGACCUAAGAAAUCCCAGGUGUACGAUUACAUCAUGAGUGGGCGAUUAUUCUUAGAUAUCUCUACGAUAUAUUGCGCAACGGUUUUUGGCUCUCAACCCACACGCCGGAGUUUUACGAGUGUAAGAUAAAGAAAACGAAAUGAAUAGUUUUUUGAAUAAUUGGCCGGUGAUGGAGAAUGAAAGGACCUGAAGAACCAUAUAUCGCGCGAUUGCGAUAAGUAGAAAGCAUCUUCUUCGUUUCAAGAAUUUGCGAGAUCCUUAAGCCGGAUUGGUCGACGCCUCGUGUGGGAUUUCGCGGCAUCCCUUAUAGUUCGACGAAGCGGAUCGACGAUUCAAUCGUCCGACUUGUGUUGAAACCUGCUGGUGCCAGUUGUAAACGAUCUGCUUCGAGACGUGUCAAAAGAAUGUUUUGGUGCUACGGUCUUUUGAGCUUCCUUCUUCUAUUUGGCAACACGUAUGGCGAUGUUUCCGAGCGUAGAGUGCGACGUCAAAAUGCACCCGUACAGAAUGGUCAACUGAUAGACAACAUCUUUAACAUUCCGAUCACGGCGAUCAGACAAAGCGCCGCAGCCGCUCAAGUGAUUUCACCAGAGAACACGGAAACGAUAGACAAUAUUAUUAAGAUCCCCGUUUCGACUUUGGAAGCUGUCGGUACACUCGUAAAAACUGCAACAGAGCAAAGGCGUCUAAACGCGGAAAAUAUUCGAAAUGCUCGUCAAGAGAGGAGAGAACGGUUGGCGGCUAUAAAGGAGCAGAAAAGGAAGCGGAAGGAGGAAAUUCAAAACCAACGAUUGCAGCAGCAACUGACUAGAGUUGUCAGGCAUCACAAGGAUUCGUUUGGAUUGAACGCGUGGAGCGAUUUUCUAAUUGGACAUCACGGAUUUUUUGACGGACACCAAACUGGCGGACAUCUUGGAAAUCGCCAUAAGCCAGGUGGCAUCCACAAGCCUCAUGAAGGCCACGGAGGUCACGGUCAUGGUAGUCAUGGUCAUGGUGGUCAUGGAGGUCAUGGUGGACAUGAAGGAAAUCAACCGAACCAGACCUACGCGGUCCAUGAAAAUGUCAACGAAGACACAUCUUUCUCCUGGCAUGGGCUGACCGCUGGAUUCGGCACUUUGUACGGAACUCGACCUUCUAACACGGAUGUCAUAAUCGAGAAUAAGAUUGCUCCCAAACAGAGAAAGCAAAAGGUUUUCAAAUAUCAGAGUAAUUAUGAACAUUCUGACGACGCAAUCGCGAAGAUUAAAAAUAAACCUGGACGCGAAUACGACGAGCCGCCGUUAGAAAAUAAAAUUGCACCGAGAAGCGCAAAAGUAAAAUUUGUGCGAUAAUAAUGUGAAUAAGCACAAAAUAUAAUAUUAAACAUAAUUUUCAUUUUUAAGCAUAAGUAAUUAUCAUUCUACAUUGCGCUUCGCAUACUUUACAUUUUGUACUCGUUUAUGUCGUGAAAAUUUCUGAAGAAAAUAUUUUUUACAAAUAUACUGAGUA